AUGUUGAACUUGUGGCUGAUUCUGAUUGUUGUUAUAUUCACCAUACUUUUCAUUAUAGUAGCGACAUAUAUUGUUUUGUAUUUCCAAUCUCCAGAGGAUGAGGGAUCAACGUUCUUGGGGAAGGGUAUUUUUGUGCUCUCGAUCGUCCUCUCCCUGGGGGGCGUGUUGCUUGUAACUUACGACGUCGCCGAUGCGCCGGACCCCACCCUUUUGCACACCUUUUCAAAGACGUUGAACACGGUACUAAUGUGGGAGAUAGUGUUGUGGCUAGUAAUGUUGAUGGCUAUCGUGGUUUGCCCCAUUGCUAUGUUUUUUUACUCGUUUCAAGAUCCUGAACACCCCAAAACAAAGAAGGCGCUUCUUCAGGCGAUGAUCACAACGCUCAUUGUCAUCGGUGUGUUCGCGCUGAUAGUAGGGACGUGCUACUCCAUUUUUGGAGUAUCCAAGGUCUCGUUCCAAAACUAUGUAACUUCAGGGCAGGUUAUGUCCACAUCUCAAACUGACGUUUCCUUAAACCGGACGUAUACUAUUGUGGUGCCAGAGAUUAGGAUUGGCUUCACGACGUACUGUAUAGGUAUAUUUUCUUGUAUUGGAUGGUUUGUUUUGUUGUUCUACUGCGGACUGGGGUUCAUCUCGUUUCCGAUUGUCGGGAUCUUCGACUUCAAAAAUCGCAUCAAGAAAAUCAACGCGUUAGAAUUUUCCGAGAGGAUGUAUGUAAUCCUCGCGAAAGCGGAUACUCUUUUGGAAUUGGGGAAAAGGCUUCAAAGGAAAACCCGAAGCGAAUUACCGCUUGCGAUUAAAAAGAAGAUUCACAUCCUUCGAAAUGAGGUUUAUUUACUAGAAAGCGAACAGGAGCAUCUCAUCUGGUCUUACACGAAGGCGGGUGGCUCACCAUUUAUUGUUUACGGAAAACUUGUUAUCAAUGUGGUGUGUCUUAUUGUUGCUGCAGUCUGGGUGCUGCAUAUCAUCCUUUCCAACCUGGCCGAUUGGUAUCCCCUUUUAAACAUCCUGUUGGUUAAGCUGCACAAUGCCUUUGGUCUCUUAGGGAUUUUUUGCUAUAGCAUCUUCUCGCUUUAUUUGUACUGGAGCACCUUCCAGGGCCAGCUCAUGGCGGGGCUUUGGAUUUUUUUCUUCAAUAUUUACCCUUUGAAGCCCCACGAUACGCUUAUUCACAGCUUCUUGUACAACGCGUUUCUGAUGUUGAUCGUGACGCCCACCGUAUUGGGAUUUGUGGUGGGAUCAUUUGAGGGGUAUACCGCAAAUACAUCCAUUGGGGGGAUGAUGAAUGGCUACGUACGAAACCUGAAAGGAAUUGGCUUUUUCCUUAAAUGGGUUCAAAUUGUCUUUAUCAUUGGCAUGUUUUGCUCAAUGUUAGUUACGCUGAUUUACCAACUGUUACGAAAGAAACCUAGGAAGGCGGUGAGUUUAGAGUAA